CAGCACAGCCGGGCUCAUGGCCACCGCGGGCGGCCACGCUUCAAGCUGCAGCCCGGCCGGGGAAGCGGAGCGGCCUCACCCGCGGCCCUUCCUGAUCGGGGUGAGCGGGGGCACCGCCAGCGGCAAGUCAACCGUCUGUGAGAAGAUCAUGGAACUUCUGGGUCAAAACGAGGUGGACCAUCAUCAAAGGAAGGUCGUCAUCCUCAGCCAAGAUCGAUUCUACAAAGUCCUCACUCCAGAACAGAAAGCCCACGCCUUAAAGGGACAAUAUAACUUUGACCAUCCAG